AUGGCCAAGGAAGAUGAAACCCCACCACCGCCUCCUCCUCCUUCUAAUGAGUUCCAUUCGGCACUCACCAUCUCAAACAUCAAAAACUCGAUCCCUUUGACUCUCGACUACGAGAAGGUUCAAUACUCUAAUUGGGUAGAAUUGUUUGAUAAUCACGUUUGUGCAUACAACGUUCUUGAUCACAUUGAUCCAACCGUAUCUCGUCCUAAAGAUAUUUCGGAUGCGUUAUGGAUUCGUUUAGAUGCCAUUGUCAAGCAAUGGAUAUACGGCACAAUUUCGGUUGAACUCCUACAAACAAUCCUCAAACCAAAGUCCACUGCUAGGCAGACUUGGGAUCGACUUCGGGAAAUCUUUCAAGACAACAAGACCACGAGGGCGGUGUAUCUUGAAACCCAGUUGAAUGAGCUUCAUCUUGACAGCUUGCCGAACGUCACAGCAUACUGUCAACAACUCAAGAACCUCGCUGAUCAACUUGCCAAUGUUGAUCAACCGAUCUCUGAUCAAAAGCUUUUUCUCCGACUUAUUGCGGGUCUAAACAAAACGGACUACGACACCGAUGAUUGCACAGACCGAUCCUUUACCCUCCCUCCAUACGGCUCGUUCUCGCCUUUUACUUGA